CCAUGGAGUACUCGACAAAAAUCAGAAGCAAACCGUCUCCGACUCCUCUACCUCCACUGUGCCAUUUAAGCGCCGCUGCCAACCCUUGGCCGGCGAAGUUGCCCAGGAACCUCGGCCGUCGCCGUCACAGUCGCCGCCACCGCCGCCGCCGCCGCAGCCGGCGAAGGUACCUUUUUGCACAAUGGAUCUAGAUCCAAGCCCCUUGCCAGAGGCAACUAUGAGGGAUUGGUCUGAGCUCCCACUCGACCCUCUCACCUCAAUCUUCAAGAAGCUUGGGGCCAUUGAGAUCCUGAUGGGCGCAGGUCUUGUGUGCCGCUCAUGGUUGGCAGCUGCGAAGGCACCAGAACUUUGGCGUUUCGUGGACAUGACACGCCACAAAAUUGUCUUCUUAAAGAGCGUAGGUACCAUGUGUGCCAUGGCAAAAGUGGCUAUAGACCGCUCUAAUGGACAGAUGGAGUCAUUCUGGGCCCAGCGGUUUGUUACUAGUGACCUCUUGGAUUACAUUGCCAGCAGGGCCAAGUCUUUGAAGAGCAUUCGACUCAUUGCAUGCUUAUAUAUUUCGGAUGUGUCAUUGGUUAAUGUGGCAGAUAAAUGUCUGCUUCUGGAGGAGAUAGAGUGCUCAUAUCAUAAACGGCCAGCAGAUUUUUACAGAGAUGUUGGCAAUGUGCGCCCCAAGCUGAAGCUUCUAAGAAUCCAUGUCGAGGAGUGGUAUGAUUCUGAUCAGAUCAGGCGUGAGAUUGAGGAGGAAUGUCGCCAGCAAUUUGGUUACAGUGACGAAGACGAGGAAUCUGAGGAGGAAUCAUUCGAAGCUUGGGAGGCGAGGAAAAAUGAGGAUGCCUUCGCCAUUGCAGAGAGCUUGCAUGAGCUCCGACUUCUUCAGAUGGCAGACAACGGCCUGACAAACAAAGGGCUAUACGCUAUCCUCGAGGGCUGCCCCCACCUCGAGUGCCUCGACAUCUCCAGGUGCUCCAAUCUCCGUAUCGGCAAUGAACUCCGAGCUCGAUGCGCAAAGCUCAAACACGUCUGGUUACCUGGACAGCCGAAUAAGGUUCACUGCCCUGAUCUUCAUGUCAUCGGAGAGUAUGAGGGUAAAGACUACAGCAACAUUUUGCACAGUCUUUCCGAAGAGGAGAAUAUGGAUCUGUGUGCUGAGGGGGAGAUGGAUGAUGGUUCAUAUGGAGACGACUACUGGCAGGACUACUGCUCGCCCCCAUCGUCCCCUGAUGAGUCCUCCCGCCCUGAUUUGAGCAAAGUGACCUGUGAUGACACUAGGUUCUAUACUGACAUCCAUGAGUACUACUCCCUGUGAUCAUCUCAGUGCCUUAUUUGGACCUUUAUGCUGUGUGCUUUAAGUUGUGUCAUGGACACGUGGUGUGUUCUUUAAGUUGUUUAAGUCGUGAUCUGUUUGGAAAGUUGGAUGGAUUGAAAUGAUUCAUAUGUAAUUUAGUUAAGCAGGAUUACUUUAUAGGCCCACUUGGCCACAGGUAACAAGCUUGAGUCA